AUGGCCACCGUGUUGAAGUCCAAAGGCCUGAACGGGCUGAAAAACCGGCUGAACGGGCCUCUGGCAAUGAUAACAAAGGCCAGAGGUCAGUUUUCAUUCAUUCUACCCCCAAACCUUACCAUUGGAUUCCUUGGAAAAGAAGUAAUCCUACCAUGCCAACUAACAACUGAGACUAUAUCUGAAAGCAUCAGCAUAGAUAUCCACUGGAUAUUUGAGAAAUCAUCAGAAAAAAUCAAUGUGAAGUCCUAUGGUGGGAAAAACAAGGAGGAUAUGCAAGAUGGGAGAUAUCAGGAUCGAGCAGACCUCUUCUAUAAUGAGCUUAAUAGAGGGAACAUGUCUCUGAAGCUGAAGAACAGCCAGAUCUCUGACCAAGGAAAAUACACCUGCAUGGUCUCUCUUGGAGACUGGUUUGAUGAGUUGGAUGUUGAGCUGAAUUUGACAGCUAAUGGAGCAGAGCCUGCUAUUGCCUUGGAACUGUAUAAGGGCCAGGGAAUUGGUCUCACCUGCAGCUCUAGUGGUUGGUAUCCCAAGCCGCAAGUUCUCUGGCUGGACAGCAAAGGGAAACCCCAAACCGAGAAAGCAGAGGCUACAAACAUACAGCAGGAACCAGGAGGGACCUUCAAUGUUUUUUAUCCUUCUACUUCCCCUUGGCUUCCUCCCUUCAUAAUCAUUUUAUUGCUUAGCCUGUGCCUUACUAUUUUUUUGGUGUAUAAACUAAUACAGAGCUAUCAAACAGUGUCUCAAUCUGUAGAGAAGAAGAAUGCAAUAAAAGCAGAACAAGAACACCUAAACCAUGCAAUAGAUAUAGGGAGAACAACAUCCCAAACAGCUGUUGCUGAUCUGCAAAAACGUUCUGCUCGACUCACAGAGGAGCUGGAUUUUAGAAGAGCUCAGUGUCUUGCAGCUUCUGUCAUUUUGGAUCCAGAUUGUAAACAUCCUGAAGUCACCAUCAGUGAAAGUAAUAGGAUAGCCCAACUUAAACCACCUACAGCAGGGCAACCUGUAACUGCUCCUUUUGUGAUGGGGAAGGAGGGUUAUGCUGCUGGGAAACACUACUGGGAGGUGAAGGUAGGUGACAGGUUGGACUGGGAGCUGGGAGUGCUGACUCAAGCUUCUAGGGACAAAGCCAAAAAGGAAAUGUCUGUGGAUUCCCUUGGAGAAGAAUUCUGGACUCUGAGAAGCUGCAGAGGAGACUUAUUUUCAGGCAAGGAUAAGAUUAACAAGAUAGAAGUAUCCUAUUCAGUGAUUGGCAUAUUCUUAGACCAACAGGAUGCAAGAACUAUCUCAUUUUAUAAUGCACUGUUAAUGUUCCAUAUGUGUUCUAUCCCCAUUCAGUCAGAAGAGAAAUUAUUCCCAUUUUUCAGCUUUGGCAAAGCUGCAGAAGACAAAGAUCAGAGUCCACUGGAGAUUAUUCCUGUCAGUGUCACUGUCCAUUCCAAUAAUUUUCAGUAGAAAGAAUUGUUCUG